AUGGACCCACCGCCGAAGAGGAUGAGAAUGGAUGCCGGUCGGGGUCUCCCCGACAUGGGAUAUAUGUCCGGCGGCGGCUCUCCUCCCGUCCCUCGUCCUGGCGUCGAUCAGGCGCACGCCGAGCAAGCUGAUCCCAGGAUCCCGAAGCAGAGAACGUGGUCGCGCGCGUCAUCCGCCUGCCAGACUUGUCGCGGACGCAAGACAAAGUGCGAUAACGAGCGCCCUAUAUGCGGCUACUGUAGGAGGGUCGGCGCAACAUGCACUUAUAUUGAGGACUCGGCCCCGGCCAUGUCGUUCGACUACCCAGACAGCCCAACAGCACCCGCCGGACGGCAGGACGGUCUCAACCUAUUCACGGGCCAAGACGGCAACGGCCAUGAUGGAACUAAGAAAGCGGGUCACCCUUCGCUUUCGGAAACCGCUGGCCUCGACUCGGUGUUGGAUUGGCCAAUAUUUCCCAAACCGGUGCCUUUCGCGAUAGACCCCUUCAGCCAUGCCUCCCCACGUGGGGAGGUGUUCUCCCCGAGAUCCCCGCCAGCGAUGGAGUUCUACGAGCUUUCUAGACUCGUGGACCUGUUUCUGGCUAACGUUCAUCCCAUGAAUCCCGUCAUCGACGUGUCUAUGCUUCGCCAGAUGUUGAAGCAAGUUGCCGAGAACGGGCCUGACUGGUCAGCUGCUACGUGCUUAGUCGCGCUUACAUGCGCCUUGGGAGCUAUAUCCCAACGGCCGGGACAGAGGACACCGAGCGGGACCCCACGUGGCUACUCGGUUGAGCCCAACCGUCAUCUCGCCUCGCGGUACUGGUCUGUUGCGGAGAAACGUCUUGGCUUUUCCAUGGGCCAGCCCGGAUGGGAGUCAGUACAGUGCUUGUGUCUCGCAGGCAUAUGGCACAUGUACAACAUGGAUCCCUUACAGGCAUGGAAAUGCUUCAGUAUGGCGAGCAACACUUGGUACACUACCUCGCUCACCAGCAAAUUGACCUUGCCCGGAAAGGCAGAGACCCCGGAGUACCCUCAGUCUCUCUCACUAGAACAGAUACUGUACUUCACAUGUUACAAGUCGGAAUCAGAACUUGCGUUUGAGCUGUCUCUGCCGGGAUCGAUUCUCGCCGGCAUAGAUUAUCCCUACAACUUUCCCGCUCCACCAACACUGGGGGUGAUGAAUCUAGACAACAAGGCGCUGAUGAUGGAGCAAAGAUCCUGGUACUACUAUCUCGCGGAGAUUGCCGCGAGACAGCUGAUGAAUCGCAUUGUGCAAGCCCAGCGACGUUCCCCUCCACACCCCACAGAGCAUGGUAUAGAUCGGAUGCUUGAAGUAUUUGAGGUAUUCGAUGCCCAGUUGACGGAUUGGUACGAGUCUUUGCCUCCUCCGAUCUCGUUCCAAAUACCCAACGACUCGUGA